UUAGGCGACUCUCUCGGAUCGAACGCUGUUUUCCCCUACUUCGACGACGGCGUUGCUGCUUCUCCCUAUAUAUACAUUAUACACAAGAGGAGGUUUUUAAUUUACGACUCUGACCAGCUCUGACUCGACUGCUGCAUGUGUUGUAUGCGCCGAUGCGAAGAGAGAGGUCAGAUAUAUCCCGACUCGUCGAACAUAACCUCACUUUUACAUCGCCGUCGCCGUAUCUAGCGACUAUCGGGACAGUGAUGCGCAGCGUGGCUUCGGAGUCGAAUUUCCCGUAGUCGACAAAGUUUCGCCUCUGUUGUGGAUGUCUAAACAGCGGUCGAAGCGGCUUUUCCCUUAUCUACCCUCGUCAGUGGUCGUUUUUCUCUCACAGCGUUAAUCUCACGAUGAUGAAAAGCUCGAAAAUGAAGGGCGUCAUUGACGUUCUCGCUAUGCAGAGAGAAAAAAGGCUUACUUUACAAAAAAGUAUUACUAUUGACUAUAGCAAAGGAACUGACAGUUUUACAGUAGCUCGUUUCAUAUUUGAAUGCGGUAACAAAUUAGAAGCCCACCCACUGACAAUAUCUACAGCAGCAACUUUGUAUCACAGGUUCAUGAGGGAAUCAACUCCACAAGGCUAUGACCCAUACUUAAUUGGAGCAACAUGUUUAUAUCUAGCAGGAAAAGUAAAAGACAAUAAUAUGAAGAUCAGAGAUAUUAUGAAUGUAUCUUACAGUACAUUGCACAGAGGCUCAGCACCCCUAGAGUUAGGUGAUCAAUACUGGGCUAUGCGCGACGCCAUUGUACAGGCGGAAUUAUUAAUAAUGCGAAUGCUAAAGUUCCAAGUUGUACCAGAACACCCUCAUAAGUACCUGCUGCAUUACUUGCGAUCCCUGCAAGCGUGGUUUGGUGAAGAAGAGUGGCAAAAGUAUCCCGUGACAAGAGCCAGCUACGCACUACUGCAAGAUUUUCAUCAUAUUCCAGCAGUUCUCGACUAUCCGCCAAAUUUAGUUGCCAUAGCUUGCAUUAAUUUAUCUUUUCAAAUUUAUGGAGUAGUAGUGCCUUUGAUGGAUGAGUGUGACCAACAACCAUGGUUCAACGUUUUCUGUAGAGAUUUGACCAGAGAUAAGCUGUGGGAAAUAAUGGAAAAAGUCAUGUCUGCGUAUGAAGAAGAGCCUGAGACGAGAGAUCGUUGAUUACGUUAGUUUAUAAAUUUGUGUCUCUUCAUACCGAAACUUUUAAAAUAUUUUGUUUGAUUUUUGAUGAUUGUUUGAGCCCAAUUGUCAAUUCCAAGACUUUAUUUGUGAUUUGAACACCCUCACAUUUUUCAUUUUUUAUAUGUACGUGUAAAUAUAGAAUUAGUAAAAAAAUUAUUCAAUCGACUAAAUUUCGAGUUAAUUCUCUAUUGAACGCAUAACUUUUCCUAUCAUUGUCACGUUUUACUUUGAGAAUUUGCUCAGCGCAGUCUCGUUUGUAUUGGUCGAUGCUUCAGUACUUUAGGGUAAAACGUAGUUUAAAAUUAAGUUCAAAAAUAUAUGGAAUAGUCUUAGAAUCACAAAUCUAGUGUAGUAAUAUUUCAAUUUUUGGUUACAUAUUCGUUAGGUGUCAUAAUAUCAAAUCUAAAUCUUUUUUUGGCAGAAAAACCAUCUUGAAAAUCAUCAAGCAAAUUCAGUCGUAUGUUGUAUAUAUAUUUGUAUGUAUUUUCUCAGUAAAAGGAUUUGCACAAGAAAAAAA